AAAGAGCCAGUGCAUGCAAGUCAUCGAGUCUGUAAAAAGGAUUUUCAGGAAGUAGUUAUGGCAGGAGACUCCGAUCAUGGUGCUGGCGCUCCUGAAAGUCAUUACGAGGAUUCUUCUGGACGAGGUGGAACUGGAAGGGACGAACAGCUCUGGCAAGAGAUGAUCUCUAGUAUCCCCGCAGGCCAUCGGGAUGCUGCAGACUGUGUACCGAAGGAGGAACUGGCUCAGAGCACAAUUUCGGCUGACAAAAGCGUCUUUGCCACGGAUGUGGAUGUCGUCUUGUCGAUGUUUCCUUCGACAUUGUCGUCCGACGAAUUAGGAUUCGAGUCUAGUACAAGCAAAGAGGUGUUUGGAGGCUUGUCUGCGGAUAUGGGGCUUGGACGAGCCAGGAGUAGAAGAGCUUUGGCUGCUGGGCUUCAUACUAUCUUCACUAUGGAGGAUUAUUCCUAUUCCACGUCUCUGUCGUCUGACAGAGACAGAAAUAGAAGGAAAUUGAAGAAUGCAGAAGGUCGUGCUGUUGUCGUUCCCCUAGUCGAUUGGCGCAGGAGAAGAAGCACUGCCUCUGCCACAUCUUCUGAGCUAGACUUACUAGAUGCUCGACAACUACUCCAAGGGGACACGCCUCACGACCAAUCUCGCCUAUCCACUGUUUCUCUCGUCCAAUCCGUUGUCGGUGGUACCUUCGGUCACGAAGCCACUGAUAUCACGACUCUACCUGUUGGCUACGAACUUCAGAAUCCCGAUGAUGUGAAGCUUCUGCACACCGGUUGCUUACCCUGGGAGCUCUCCUUGCCAGAAUUUGCCCACAAGUUGCAGGAGAUCGCCAGCGAGGCCACGAAGGCUCAACGUCGAGGACUGGCAAGUCUCGAAUACACGUUUGAAAAACGUGCAGGCGACUUGAACGCUCAAUUGCGUGACCACAGUCGUAGUGGUGGCUUGGUAUCGACCGACUUAGGAGCAGCUUUGAUGACGCCGACAGAGGCACAGCAGUUCUCAUAUGCAAGUCUUGGGAAAACGAUACGGGAAUCGGUGGGAGAUUGCAUUGCUGGAGAGGACUGCGAUCCUCAGAAGGACAUGCAUUCCAUGUUGAGCGACGAAGCGGUCGCAAAGCUCUUCAACAGGCUGGAUCGGGAUGGAGACUUCUGCCUGAGCACGAGUGUUAUGAUUGGAUCUUAUUCAAACAUCAUUGCUUCCUUGAAGACCUUAUAUUUCUAGAUUUAUUUUUCGAAGUUCAAAAUACUUGAGCCCUUGAAGAUUUUGUUCCCUUACUCUGGGCACGGGCCAACAAACUAUGACCAACAUCCGUACUUAGACCAACACGUUGACUGUUGUUACUGUGAUUCGUCUCUAACCUCUCUGUGAAAGACUUCGACUGCUUCGGUCUCUACGUGCACGGCGAAGGUUCCGCUUCCGACCUCACUCUGAUGGAGGACGUAGAUGGCGAUUUGAUGCCAGACACUGGUAUUGUCCAGGAGUUUUCCUACGCUGACGUCUGUCUAGCUGCCAAAGAUGCAGAGAAGAAGCGAGAGAAGAUCGAGCAUAUGGUUGACUUCGCGGCAGAGAGGUGUGCCAUGAUUGAAACGCAGACGACCUUCGAUUUUAGACGGGUUUUGAUGGCUGUGGAAGAUGGUAAUGGAGAGGAGACGAUGGGUUCUGCACCGAAACCGAUGGCAAGUGGAAAUGCUGCGGAGCAUGCACUACGAAGGCUGAUGCUCAAGGAUGCAGAGACACCGUUGAAGAAGCGAGGUUUGUCUGGGCAUCAGGUAGUUGUACUGAUUCGUUUCCGAAUUGCACCGUAAAAUCAAAAUGCAGUUAUAGCCACUUGUACAACAUCAAAGCACGUAUAGCUGGUACUACAUCAUCCGCAGUUAUAGUGACUGGUCCCUCCUGAUCAUAGCAUGCAUCAUUCUUAGAAUCUUGUUCAAAAAGUUCUUGUUCUGUUUUCUUCAUCAACUCUCAUGCACAUCUUCAAAAAGUUCUGUUUUCUUCAACUCUCAUCUUGUUCUCAACUCCAUGAUCUCCAGACCCUAACCGACGCGGAAGCCGCCACCGCAGUGGAGGCCUUCGCACAAGGCACUAAUCCGCGUCCCUCCAUCGACGAGUUACAACAGUUAGGCAACAACGUGGACAUCCCGGCCAAGUCUAGACUGGCUGUGCGCGACUUCGUAGCUCAGUUUCGCGACAGCUACAGCGAGUACCGUGAUAUUAUGAGUGGCCGACGACAGGAGCGGGAUGAAACGCAGACUACGACGCUGUUGAGGGAUUGUCUAUUGGACCAAGCGGUUCAGCCGGUUUUGGCGUCCUCCGACUUAGAGGAUUUGACCGAAACCGUCGAAUCACUAGCCAGAAGCUCCUUUGGCAGCACUGACCGAGUUGCCGUUGUUUGUCGUGGGAUUGCGCCAGAUGCUGGUCCGUCAUCAACUAGUGCUUCCGUUAAGGGUAGGUUAAAGGUGCUUUUCUUACCGCUUUUUAUGCCUCUCCUAAGAGAGAAAGGCAUAACAAGCGGGGUAAGCGAGCACCAAAAACCUACCUCUAAUUCCGCUACAGCUGACGCUGAUGGUGACGGAUAUCCAGAUACUCGCGAAUUGGCUUGGUGCUUGCAGCAAUUGCUGCCAGAAGUGGGCAGUCAACUAGCACAUGAAUACGGUCAAACUUCGCUUGGAGAGGGUAGUCUGGGAAGGGCUAUGGAACGCGACGUGCCAGAGUCUAAGAACGCUACGCGUGCUGUGGAGAUCCGAGGCGCCUUACUCGACAUCGACGAAGGCUGCUACUUCGAAUGCGCUAGAUUCGAAGCGGAACACGCACAGAGACAGUUCGUGCACUACACACUGACAGCGCAGUCACGAGUGACUGAUGGUUCAGCAACGGAAGCUACCUAUGUGUUCAAUGGACCGGACUUGGGCACUUUGGGGAGUAAUUUGGACGGCGCAUGCUACCUCUACUUGCCGGAGGAUUGUCAGGUAUAAUGUUAAUGAAUCAAUUAUUUAUAUUAGAGUAGUUUAUAGAACGGAUGUAGGAUGGACUUGGAUGGAUCGGAUGGAUCGGAUGGACCCCCCUGAUUCUUCCGAUCCUACUUGAAAUGGUGGGAAGUCCAUCCGUUCCAUCCGAUCCAUCCGAUCCAUCCCAUCCCGGAUCUGGCACCCCUAUAAACUGCUCUAUUAUAUAAUUAUGAAUAUUUGUACAAGUAGUACUUUGUGUUGAAGCACAGCAUGAUGACUUCAUGAAUCGAAGGGUCGUGAAUCGAAGGGUAGUAGUUCCUUCAUGUACAUCACCACUCCACCAGGUGCCACCCACCGGUUUCGUCGCUGGCAAGUACAAUCUGGAAGAAAAAGGGCAGCCUUUCGGUUCCAAUUCACCUUGGAGCUCGAUUUCGAACCAGUGGUGUGGUGCUGCGGAGCAGAGCACCUACGCAACCGAGCUUGCUGCGCGAGAACAAGCGUUUUGGACGCAUUGUUAUUUAUGGAAUGAGAGAAUGACUACGUGAAGCGGAAAACAUCGAUAAUUCCAAAAAUUGCAAUGCAAGAACAGGUGUUGUCUACGUAUCUUCGGACGAUGCCUAGACAACAAGUUGUCCAGAUUGAAGAAAGAGAGAAAGAAUGUUCCAAAUUCGGCCUGCUCUAACUUCCAACUACAACGCCACGAUCCAUGGUGCUCCUGGCAGCGCAGCCGCAAGCGCUUUCCUAGGGACCACGAAGGCGCAUGAGAUCGCCUUUCGAGACGAUGUGGGCUUUUCAGGUCCCAGAAGUAGCACCUGCUCAGCUGCGCAGUGCGACUUUUUGUCUACCUAUGGUAACGUGAAGAAGCUGAUGAGCGCAGAGAAACAAUUGCGAGAGACGAUUGGUAGGAGGAAUAGGAGCAGGAAACUGAUGGGAAUAAAAGAUGGAGUUCUUGCAAGAGGAAGUCGAGUAGGCGAGGAUAGUGAUCGUGGAAUAACAACCAGAAGGUCUCUUUUGGAAGAGCGAGGUGUGACAACAGUAGUACCGAUCCCGGAAGUCUUGCGGCCACGCAGAAGUGUAAGCAGUACUCGCACGAAGAUGCUUCGAAGAAGGCGAGGAGGAAGACUGGGUCGCUGGAUGCGAAAGAGGCGUUGAGCUGUAUGAGAAACUGCGUCCUGCUGUAGAGACUGCAUUAUUUUUGGAUUUAGAAAUUGUGAACAAAAGGAAAAGGAAAAAAUACGAGAGCGGUUUGUUGUACUUGCUCUGAUUAUUGGCAUUCUCAUAAAUACUUACCUCGUCGCUGUGCAUAGUUCUUAAAGUUAUUGACUUGAUAGUAGACGUAGAGAAAUUCCAUGUGGGUCUGAUUCUGAAUAUACCAAUUGUAAUUUGCUAAUCGUAAUCAAUGUCAAUGAGUCCUUAUCUGUAGUUAAAUCGGAAUUAUCAAAAGAGAAGAUCGAAAAAUCGGGCACCAAGUAUGUACAUGUGUUGAGUAGAAUAAGUAGCAGUAAAACCUGUAUGAUAAUAGUCUUGGAAGGCUACGUAAUUUUCUUUGGCGUUGAUUGUAACUAAUGUCUACAGUUCUUAUGGGGUAACGACGUCGGGCGUAUUAAGAAGGAUUGUUUAAUCCGCAUGUUGUGUUUAAUGAUAAACUAGCUUGUUGUAGGUCUAGGUCUGACCGAUGACCCCAAAAUUAACUUUCUAGUGGCAGUGGUAGUUCACGAUAACGAGUUGGCCUUUUGAAGGACCAGGUUGUGUAAGAACGUGGUGUACAAAUAGAUCUAUCUUUACGAUGGAUUUCGAUUUCUUGUUGGAUACGAAAACUGAAGUGAGAUUGUCGAUGAUAUCAGAGCGAUUCUCGGGAAAGAGCAAUGAAUAAUACUUGAGCAGUAAAAUAAGCUGCACAAGUGCAAGGAUGGGGUGUAUAGAGGUCAUGGUUUUUUUUGUUGGCGAUCGAGUGUUCUUGGUCGAUGUUUUUUC